AUGGAACCAAAUCUGCGAAUCCAAUUAUCCCUUCACUCUCCCGCUAUCCGUUUUGCUGAGAAGGCGACGCCCAUGAAAAUCGAUAAUCUUCAACUGGACCGCACCAUGAUUAAAAUCAAUAACACUCAAUACAAGCUAGGUGUUAUCCGGAUCUAUAAUGGAGAUGACAAACCACACGUAACCGAUAGGCUGAACUGGAUUCGCUGUUUGGAACACCGUGAACCAGACCAAGUCGAACAGGAUAACACUGCCGGUGGACUCACAUAUGACUUGAAUGAAUAUGGCAGCCGUGAUUACUCAUGUGAAUACGUUUUGCUACCAGGAGAUAUCAUUAUCGAUCAAGACCGAGAAGGUGACGAGCGGAGUCGUGUUGGUGAGCUUCAAUACCGCCGUAUUAUUCUGAGAGGCGCUAUGAUCCGUCAGGGACUAGAGCAAGACCCAGAGAACCCCCUAGCGGUGCAGAACGAUGAAGUUUAUGCCCAGGAUUGUAGAAUUAUUGAGAGUAAUCAAUGGAGUGUUCUACCGCAUCAAUUACAAGAAGAUGGUGGGGUAUACCCGUUCGAGAAUUACUUACAGCUUACUAUAGGCACGGAGGGCUCGGAGAGCUCAAAGCGCAUAAAAAGGGUAAUCUACGCUAAGAAAAUCCCAGAAGCUAUGAAGCAUUUGCUCACAAUGAUACUUGGAAACCGUAAGAAGAACCUCGAUGUCGAAAAUUUCAAGUGUGCUGACAGAGGGAUCUUACGGGUCCCUCAAGGCCUCAAGUUGACGAUACGGAAAAUUCUGGUCGGUAAUAACCUAGUCAAGACUCUCGACGCUCUUCAACCAGUCAUGGGCUCCACAUUCGACACCAUCGAAAUGACAGACCGCGAGUACACCCUAGAAGACAUUCAGCAUCCCGCUAUUAAAAAUGCGAAGAAGGUAAUCUUGACAUGUUGGUGUCAAGGUGUGGAUUUUAUGCUUGAUACACUCGCUGCAAGGAAUGAGAAACUAUGA